AUUUCAACAUGAUGACAUCUGCAGAGUUUAUCUUCUACCUGACAUGUUUAUUCUUGGGGAAAAUGGUUCAGACGACCGACCUGGAUUCCUCCUCAUCUGUUUAUCAAGGGAAUAGUUUUCUAUCAGUUCAAACUGGGGGGAACUUGACGUUGAAAUGUUUUUAUGAAGCCGUUUCAGCAGGAACCCUUUACUGGUUUAAACACACUCUGGGACAGAAACCGAGGCUCAUCUCAUCCUACAACAGGUUCACAAUACCUACAUUUUAUGCUGAAUUCAAGAAACCACGUUUCAGAGUGGAUACUGAAAAUGAUCGGAAUCACUUGAUGAUAACAGAUCUGCAAAUGAAUGACUCAGCUACUUACUACUGUGUGAGCAGUAAUACACACAAAUUGGAUUUCUUGGCUACAACUACUGUCAGUGUACAGGGUUCUAGUUCAAACAUCCCAACAUUAAUCCAUCAGUCACCAUCAGAGACCAUCCAGCCAGGAGGCUCUGUGACUCUGAACUGUACAGUACAAACUGGGACCUGUGAUGGACAACACAGUGUUUACUGGUUCAAAGACUCUGAAGAAUCUCAUCCAGGACUCAUUUACACUGAUGGAGGCAGCACUGAUCAGUGUGAGAGGAAAGCCAACACACAAACACACACCUGUGACUACAACCUGCCGAUGGAGAGCCUGAAUCUGUCUCAUGCUGGAACCUACUACUGCGCUGUUGCCUCGUGUGGACACAUUGUGUUUGGAAACGGGACUAAACUAGACAUUAAAGAUGAGAAGGACUCUCGUAUCUAUUUCUUGAGUGGAGCUCUAACUUUUACCAUCAUCCUUAAUGUCCUUCUGGUUUUCUUACUUUGCAUGAUGAACAAGAGAAACCGCUGUCAAGUUACAGAGUUUCAUGCAAGAUGUUCAGCUCCCUCCACACCAAAUGCAGAGGGUGAACAAAAUGAAUCAAACAUCCACUAUGCGGCGGUAAGAGAACAAAAGAUUAGCAGAUCUAGAAGACAAAGGAACAACCUUGAGACUGAAUGCACAUACUCAACUAUAAAGCUGUAGGAGUGUACGUGCUUCAAAGGGGUACCAAGCAGACGCUGAGGUCAUUUAUCACUUUGUCUUUCUUGUGACUACGUGUUGAAGCAGCAACUGUUGCUCCUUUCUGAGAAGAUGUGUUGAUUCAACAUGUUACUUUAGGGCUUUGCUAUGGAAUCGGCGCAGACUGAUUUAACUGUAUUUAACAGAAAAAAGUUGAAUCUCCAUCAAAUCCAGACUGUUUUAUGAAGGAAAGGAAAAAAACUGGACUAGAAUCAGAUAUAAGACCCUCCACAGAACGAUGAGUCAACAUGCCUUUGGCUUUAAGAUACACUGAGUCAUUAAGUUAAUUCAUUGGAUCUCUAUUUGAAGGGCUUUUGUUUGUCAACUUGCUGCUGUGAGUUGUUUGCAAAAAUUAAAUCAUGAUGGUAGUUGUGGGCCGAUGUGUUCAAAAACCACACACAUACACAAACGCUGCAGAUCAGCUGAUGUUUUAUUGUGAUGUAAAAAUCCUUUUGGACACAGUGUUAUGAGUGAAUGUGAAAUGCUAACAUUUCUUUCAAGUGUGAAACAAUAACUUCAUUGUAUUUUGUGUAUUGAUAAUAAAUGUAAAUGAUGAAUAGUCAGAUA